AUGCUUGGCAAAGUAGCUCUAGAAGAGGCCUUCGCCUUACCUCGCAUGCAGGAAAAGACGAGAUGGUGGGCUUCACUUUUCGCCGUCGACCCUGAAAAGCAUGCACAUGAAAUGACAGAUCUUACCACUACGCGCAUCGCCUAUAUGGAUAAGCAUGGCGUUGGCUACACAUUGCUUUCAUAUACAGCACCAGGCGUACAGGACAUUUGGGACGCCAAAGAGGCACAGGCCUUUGCUGUUGAGAUCAACGACUACAUUGCGGGCGCAAUCAAAGAUCACCCAGAUCGAUUCGGUGCUUUAGCUACACUCUCUAUGCAUGAUCCCAAGGAGGCGGCCACUGAGUUGAAACGAUGCGUAACGCAGCUGGGCUUCAAGGGUGCGCUUGUCAAUGACACGCAACGCGCCGGUGCAGAUGGAGAUGAUAUGGUCUUCUACGAUGGGCCUGAGUGGGACGUCUUCUGGUCCACUGUCACGGAGCUGGACGUUCCAUUCUAUCUGCAUCCUAGAAAUCCCACUGGAACCAUAUACGAGAAACUUUGGGCCAAGCGAAAGUGGCUCAUCGGACCUCCGCUCAGCUUCGCUCAGGGAGUCAGCCUGCAUCUCCUAGGAAUGGUCACAAACGGCGUCUUCGAUAGACACCCCAAGCUUCAAAUUAUCAUUGGCCACUUGGGAGAGCACAUCCCUUUUGAUCUCUGGAGAAUCAAUCACUGGUUCGAAGACGUGAAGAAGCCGUUGGGCCUUUCAUGUAAGAAGACGAUUCGAGAAUACUUUGCACAGAACAUCUGGAUCACCACAAGUGGCCACUUCUCGACGCCCACGUUGGAGUACUGCAUUACAGAGUUGGGGGCAGACCGGAUUCUUUUCUCCAUUGAUUACCCAUUUGAGUCUUUCGGCGAUGCUUGUGAUUGGUACGAUGGCGUAUCAUUGAAGAAUGCAGAAGAUGUGAGGAAGAUUGGAAAAGAUAACGCAAAGAAGCUUUUCAAGCUUGGAGCCUUCAAAGAUUCAGCAUAA